AUGGCCGGAACUCGCUUCCCGCCGUCAUCGAAGGAAGCUCCGCUCCCAGAAUAUUACCUCGACCUAUGUGACGAAGACAUAGCACGAGGCAUUCGCAACUUUGACGACGACGGGAACUUCGAGCAGUUCGAUCGCGAAGUUCGAAACCCGCAUAGCAGGAUCUUCCUCGUCGAUUUCGGCGACCAUGAAGCAUGGUGUGGGUUUGACCUGGAGGCCACUUCGAUUACUAGACUUCUGAACGCGCCUCGACCGCCUGUUCUCAAUACUAGGUGGAUCAACAUUUGGCUGCCGUACGAUCAGAAAGAAGUGCUUCAUGCUCUAGCUAAGCACUACGAUUUCUCCCCGCGUCUGCUAGCUUUGAUGUGCUCAGAUCCGAUUCAGCCCAAGUCAAAGCCGCUGAGCUCCCGAAAGAGCUCCUCGAGUCUAUGGUCUCGCAAGUCGCAUCGUCGCGGGGGAUCGCAGAAGUCGUCAAAGCAGGAGUCACUGGACUCAGAGGAGAGCAUUGGAAUGUCCGAGAUGAUGCAGUCGACACAGAUGGAUCUAGUUCGCGAUAUGAGCCAUUAUCACAUCGUGAAUGAGGUUUGGCAUUGGUCGUCUGUCGAUUGGGGAAGGCGAUUCGUGUGUUUGGGAUACAACUCUCUUCACAACGUUCGGACGAAUCCCACCGAUCGAGUCGAAGAUCCGGAUAGGAGCCACGACGUCCCUCAUGGGAAGAGAGUAUGGAAUUGGUUGGUCCUUUGUGAAGAUAAGACAGUUAUUUCGAUAGCCGAGGACCCUUUCCCGUUCAGUAAUGGCAACCUUCGAGCGCACGAGCUAAGAACCCUGUUCGCUAUACGACGUAACCUCAUCAACGUAUUCAGACAACUAUCGAAAUCCGAAUGCGCCUCUCGAGACAGCUCCAUUAUCACAUUGCCAAUAAGAAAGCGUAUUGGAGACAGCGAGGAAGAGACUGCUCACAGGCCAACCGACUCCCCCGGGCUGCUGUUCUACUAUCUCUUUGAGGACUGGUACACAACGUACAGUCUAGUAGCUCGGAAGGAGCACCAAUAUGCUGCUGAGCUAGAUAAGCUGCGCCAGGACAUGCUGGUGAAGGCGGAGCUGAGCCACGUCGACCGACUGCACCACAUCGGAAGGCAACUCGCAGUUCUUAAGCGCGUGUACGAAAGCUACGAGCUGAUCAUCGAACGGGUCCUCAAACAGCCAGAGCCAACUCUUGCGUCGUUGAAGAACUCGCAUAUAGUAUCGGGUGCUGACUCUCUUGCUUCAUCGAUACCACAUUUCUCGUCCGCCAAUCAGAUCGCUGAAGCCGACAGUCUACUAGGUGUAUCGUUGAGCUCGGCCGCGAGAGUGAGAUUCGAGAGGCUGCGAGAUCGGAUCAAGCUGUACGCUCUGAGUGAAAUACGUGAAUGCUUAGAUCAGAAGGACUCUUUGGUCAUGAUGAAUUUCAAUCUCAUCGCCAUUAAAGAAUCCUUUGCCGUCGAAAGACUCACCAGAACCACCCUUCUCUUAGCUAAAGUCACCAUCCUGUUCAUCCCAAUUAGCCUGCUGACCGCAUACUUCUCGACGGAGCUUGAGGGUGUUGCCUUCUCGUUGAAAAGUUACUGGGUGUCGUUCGCUGUUACCCUGGCGCUCUCAGCCGUCGCUCUCAUGAUAUUCAGCUUUGCAAGCGGGACAACAGAGGGAAAGCUGGUAUAUCGACCGCUGACUCGGAUUUUCUUCGACAUGUCCAAGAGCUUCCUAAUUCACAGGAGGAGGAAACAGCUGUGA